GUGUAGAUCGUCACAUGUUUGGUUCCCCCCCCUCUCCUCCUCCUCCUCCUCGGUUACGGAGACUUUAGCCGACAUGUGUUAUUUAUUGGCCAGCUUUGGAAGAAGACGAACGCGUACGCUCAACCGGCUCUCUGGAAAAUAGAGGAUUAAAAGAAAAAAGAAAAGCGCGUCGUUUUUCUUCAGCAACUCGAAGGGAAAGGGGGAAAGCAUUGUGUCUGAGAGCGACGAAGGACGAGGAUGGCGAGUCCGCCAAACACGGGAGAGCAGCCGUUAUUACCCAGCAAUACAAACAAUAUCAAGAAAUGCGGGUAUCUGAAGAAGCAGAAACACGGACACAAGCGCUUUUUCGUUUUAAAGGAGCAGUGCGAAGGUUUCCCUGCGCGUCUGGAGUACUACGAGAGCGAGAAGAAAUGGAAAAACAAAUCAGCCGCGAAGAGAGUUAUUCCUCUGGACUGCUGCCUCAAUAUCAACAAGAGAGCGGACGCAAAACACAAAUUCCUAAUCGCUCUUUACACCAAGGAUGAGUAUUUCGCCGUGGCUGCAGACAACGAGCAGGAGCAGGAGAGUUGGUACCGGGAGCUGACGGAUCUAAUGGGAGAGGGGAAAGUGUGCGACGGCUCGGCGUCCAACUCUGCCUCCUCGCUUGUUGGCUUCGACGAAGCGAGCUACGGGGUAAUAACGCCGGUUUCCGCCGCCUAUAAAGAGGUAUGGCAAGUCAUUCUGAAAUCUAAAGGCCUGGGGCAAAGCAGGAAUUUGACCGGGGUGUACAGACUCUGUCUUUCCAGUCGGACUAUCAGCUUUGUGAAGCUCAACACGGAGAUCGCCUCCGUCAUUUUACAGCUGAUGAAUAUCCGGAGGUGCGGCCACUCUGACAGCUUUUUCUUCAUCGAGGUUGGUCGGUCUGCAGCCACGGGACCGGGGGAGUUAUGGAUGCAGGCGGACGACUCCGUGGUGGCGCAGAAUAUACACGAAACUAUAUUGGAGGCGAUGAAAGCCAUGAAGGAGCUGUCGGAGUUCCGUCCGCGCAGCAAAAGCCAGUCAUCCGGUACGAACCCCAUCUCUGUGCCGACGCGGAGGCACCUGAACCACCUCCCCCCAAGUCAGACGGGGCUUCCCCGGCGGUCUCGCACUGACAGCAUGGCUGCGACCUCUCCUGUGAGCAAAUUCUCCUCCUGUCGGAUACGCACAGCCAGCGAGGGCGAUGGCACCAUGACGCGCCCCAUAUCGGUGACUGACAGCCCCCUAAGCCCGGGGGUGCACAGGACCCUCCUGAGCCGGUCUCACACCAUUACAGCUCGCCCUUGUCGGACAUUUGAAUCUUCUUCCCUCCAGCACAGUAAGUCCAUGUCCAUGUCCCUGUCUCAUUCCCCUCCCAUGGCCGCCCCUAGCCUGGGGAAUCUGUCUUCGUGCCCGGACGGCGGCGCCCCUCGCCCCUCCAGCUGCAGCGCCUCCUUCUCGGCCUCCCCCAGCGACGCCGGUUUCAUAUCGUGCGAGGAGUACGGCUCCAGUCCCGCGGACGCACGGGACCUGAGACUACCGCUCACCAUGCGGAGCAACACUCCAGAGUCUCUCAAAGCGGACACCCCGCCCUCCCGGGACGGCAGCGAGCUCGAUGGCUACAUGGUGAUGGAGCGGCAGAAGCAGAACGGUUACCGUCGGUUACCGGAACUGGAAAAGGCAUACCGGAAGCGCACGUACUCCCUUACUACUCCCCGGCAGCAGCGAGGUCCCCCUCAGGUAUCCUCGGCCUCCCUGGACGAGUACACCCUUAUGAGGGCGACCUACAACAGUGGAAGCCAUUCUUCUCGCAGGUGUCUCACCGCCUCCCCUAAAGGGAUCUACCCCGACGACUACAGGGACGUGCCGAUCAGCGCUAACAAUGCUAAAGGAGACGGCGGCUACAUGCCCAUGAUGCCAGGCGUGGCUCCUCAGACGCCAGGAUCCAAGGAUGACCCGUACAUGCCCAUGAGCCCCAUGUGUGUCUCCGCACCGAAGCAGAUCAUCAACCCCAGGUCGCACUCCUCCUCGGCCGGGCUGGCCCCGCGCACCGACUCCCCCGUUAGUGUCUCCUUGGAGGAUAGCGGUUAUAUGCGGAUGUGGUGUGGAGCCAAGAUGUCGGUGGAGAGCACCGAUGGAAAGCUCACCAACGGAGAGUACCUGAACAUGUCUCCCGUCGACUCCCUUGUCCUCACGCCCCCGGACUUCAUCCUCAGCCCCCCAGGAGGAGACCCCCACCUCCAGCAGCCUCACCGACAGCCUUAUUCUCACAGCUCUCUGCCGCGCUUGCUCAAAGGCCAGUUGCAGCGCAGCGGGUCCACGGACACAGACCAGUAUGUGGUGAUGAGUUUACAGAGACAGCGGAUAGAAGAAGAGUCCAACUACUGCCCCGUUUCCCCAGGAGACCCUGAGGCCGACAAGUCUCCGGUGACACCGAACACCCCCUCCUCUGCGCCGUUCCCCCACAGGGCGACUCGGGUGGACGGAGGUCUGGUACAUCGGUGCAGGGUGGGUCGCCCCACUCGCCUGGCGCUGGAAUCUUUACGGACUCUGCCGUGCAUGAGCGAGCACCCCCUUCCCUCGGAGCCACGCAGCCCUGGAGAGUACAUCAACAUAGACUUUGGUAGUGCCGCCCACCACCAGCUGUCAUCUGCGGUGUCAGAGAGCUUGGUGUGUGCAGAGGGGGCGUCCUCACCUCUCUCAGACUAUGCUAAUGUGGACGUCAGCUCCUCGAGUCAAACCGGGGGUUCCCCCUCCACGGGGAGCCUUAAGUGCACGCCUGAGGUCUUGACUUGCCCCGGUCUUGUGAGCGCCCAGCAGAACGUAGAAGAAAAAGAGGAAAAGAGCAUAGAGGUAGAGAGGGGGAUGGGAGAGGAGUAUCCACUCCAGCAGCAGGUGAGCCUGGUGUGUCAGCCGGCUGCAGUCAAGGAUGACUACACCGAGAUGACUUUCAGCCCUCCUGCACCCCUACCUGCUCUCUGCACCACCGACGCCGCCCCCCUCCCCACCAGCCCCACCAUGGGUGUCAAGAGACUCAGCCUGGAGAGUAGCAUCAUCGUCAACGGGGUUCCACCUGUGCCGCCGUUGGACUCAUUCCUACUCGCGGGGCCUUCAUUAUCAGUCACCCUCGUGGACCCGCACAGAGGGGCCAAAGUGAUCCGGGCCGACCCCCAGGGGCGGCGGCGGCACAGCUCCGAGACCUUCUCCUCCACCACCACCGUCACCCCCGUGUGCCCGUCCUUCGCCCACGACACCAAGCGGCACAGCUCGGCCUCCGUGGAGAACGUUUCCCGCACCGUCUGCAGCACCGAGGGGCCGGACGAGGACUACGGCAGCAACAGCCCCAUGUGCAGGGAGAUGUCGGCCGGUUAUCAAAACGGACUUAACUACAUUGCCUUAAACUUGAUGGAGGGAAACCUCGGAGGGUGCAGGAUAGGGGACUCCGACGGACUCCUGAGGUUCAAGACCGCCUGUGGCUGCAAGGGGGGCAUGAAUGGUUUUAACACGAGCCCCUAUGCCAGCCUCGGGUUCAAGGAGACUGCUGCUGCUGUCAAAG